AUGUCAUCAGAUGAGGAGAAAAGUUCAAGUCCAGUUUUGCCUAAAAACUCUUUUAGGGGCAGUACUGUUUCAUCAGAUCUUCAGGAUGAAUAUGAAGAGCUCUAUGAUUAUGCUGUAGUGACUCCAAAAUUCGAACAGUGUGUUGCGAAGUGGUCAGAGCCUGCUUCAGAACUGAAAACAGUGAAGCAGCCUUCUGAGGCCCAUAUGGAACGACCUUGCCCUGUUCUUUCAGAAGAGACUUCUUCACGAGAGCAUAUGCACAGUCCAAAAGAAAAUGAAGCCAUAACAACUGAAUUAACUUUUACUGAUGAAAAUGUAACUCAGAUAGAAAACAUACUUGAUUUCUGGAGUGGAAGUCUUAAGACGAAUGUUCUGACUGAGUUGAGAAAAUGGAAGCUUAGUUUGAUUGAACAGCUGAAACAAGAAAAAGAGAAACAUGCUGCACAUGUGAGACAAUUGAGCAAUGAGACGGAAAACCUGAAGGAGUUGCUGCGUACUUACGAAAUAUCUAUUGGCAGGAAAGAUGAGGUGAUUGCUAACUUGACUCAAGCGUUAGAGAAGCAAAAGGAGAGAGUAGACUUGAUGAGAAAUUUUACACUGUGGCAAAUUCGGCGUGUUGAAGCCAAACAACAGGAAUACGCAAAUAGAAUAGCAGACAGACAAUUUCAGACGGCUUUGAUGAAAAAAGUGUGGGUGGCGUGGCGCUCCCUUAGUGAAGAAAAAUGGAAAGAAAAAGUAGCAAAGGCAUGUCAGUCAAGGGCAGAAGAUGUCUGUGUUCAGCUCACCAAUGAUUAUGAAGCCAAAAUCGUUGAGUUAACUGCUGCUUUGGACCAGGCAAAAGCUGAGGUUCUGCGAAUGCGCAGUGAAAGAGAACAGUAUGAAAACACCAUGAAGAAAGCCUUUUUGCGUGGUGUGUGUGCUUUGAAUAUGGAAGCAAUGACCAUGUUUCAGGGCAAAGACAGCAGUACAGAAUCUGAUACUGAAUGUAGGAGAAAUUAUAAUGACCCCUUUGUUGCAGGAAAGCUACCUCCAUCACAGUAUAAUCCGCCCUCAUCACCACUUCCACCAGCAACCACUCUUCAGCAGGAAGACAUGUUUUCUACCCACCUGGGUCAUGCAAGCACUUCUCAGACCAGGCUAGAUUCCUAUUCUUCAGUAAUUGUCAGUAGUACAGCUGCAGGAUCUGGUGUGGCAUCAACUCAGAAACCGCCCAUGGCGAAAGUAAUAACAUCUUCUCAACAGAAAGCAGGAAGAACAAUCACUGCUCGAAUAAUGGGCCGAGCUGAUAUGGGACAAAAAGCCAGAAUUUCUGGCAGUUUAGCAGUGAUGGGAGUUUCUCCACCCAUGAGUUCACUCAUUGUUGAAAAACAUCAUCCAGUCACUCAGCAAACCAUAUCCCAAGCCACCGCAGCUAAAUAUCCUCGAACUGUGCUCCAUUCUUCUGGUUCUGCCACUGUGAGACCUGCAGGACAAGCUGGGCAAGUGCUUCACGGCCAGACUCAUAGCAGUGUUCAGUCAAUAAAAGUUGUUGACUGA